AUGGUAAACCAGAUUUUCAGUUUUUCACUCUCUCUAAAAAUUUACAAGAAUUUCAGAAAUCUCAAACUCUUUUCACUCUUCUAGCCUUCGUCGUCUUUAGCGCUCAGGAAACAACAUUACCGCCAAGUAAGUUUUUUUUUGAAUAACUUUUCCAAAAAAUGUUUAAAGUUGUUCGAAAUGCAAGCUGGGAAUGUGGAGCUGAUGAUAUAUCGAAAUCAUUUUCCGAAUUUGAAAUACAUUCAAGUUGUCCAGAAUUACGAGAUGAGAUAAAUAGUUGUUGCUUGAAUCACGACAAAUGUUACGAUGAUAAAAAGGGUCAAGAAUAUUGCGAUGAUAUUUUUUGUAAUUGUAUGGAUGUUCGAACUCGACCAUCCAAGGAAUGUCAUAAGACAGCUUCGCCGACGUUUUGCCACGCAGUUCGAUUAUUUGGACAUAGUGCUUAUGAACAAGGAAAAUAA